AUUUCCCUUCUUUCCCAAAGCCGUGAGCCCUCAAACCCUAGACUUGGGGAGAGCAUCGCAGCCUCAGUCAGAGAGAGCUCACCGACGCCAUGGAUCCUUCACACCACCACCACCACCACCACCACCGUCUCCACCUCCACCUCGAUCCGCGGCACCACCACCACGUCCACAUCCGCUUCUGCCCCCACCACCAUGGCCACAUCACCCCCCACCCGCUCGCUCCCGCUCCGGCUCCGGCUCCGGCCGCCCACCGCACGACACCGGCGGCGCCUUGGCCGCUGCACGCCGGCGCGGGGCCGAACGACGGGCCGCAGGGGGAGGCGACGAACGAGGCGGCGGCGCUGCAUCUGGAGCAAGCAGAGGAGGUGAUUUUGGUCGGGGAGGAGGAGGAGGAAGAGGAGGAGCCGGUUUUUGUUCUGACCGACGAGUGGGCGGAAUUCUUCGCCAAAUCCGACGCAAAGAGGAGACUCGCUAAACAGCAGCAGAAGAAGAACAAGGGUCGGAAGAAGUAGAUACUGCCAUACUGGUCGUGUUCGUGUUUCCGUGGAGUAACACAGAGCUUAAAGAAACGAGAAAUAUUUUUUUUAGGGAAAAACGAGAAAUAUUUGAAAUGAAGCGAAGACGAUAACUGUUACGAGAAUGGGUGGGGGAUGGGGUAGUGGCAGCUUUGAUGUACUUUUGGUCUUACCAAAGUUUUUACUCUGAUGUGUAACGCAUACUGAUGUUAAUUCAUCCGGUUUUACAGGAUGAAGGGUGCGUACUGUUUUACAAGCUAGAGAGUAAAAAGUAUUUCCUCCGUCCCAAAAUAUAAAAGAAAUAUAAAGGAUUGAUGGAUGUGAAGCUAGCUUUGUAGUAGUAGAUA